UUGAGUGUGAAGGAGUCGCGCUCUCUAGUUAUAUGUAUAGCUCAGUGGCAUGGCGCCCUCUAUUAGCCAUGCUCAGUGGGUAUUGUUGGUAAAUAUCAAAGUCCAUAGAAAGGACUUUGGUAAAUAUUAAUUAGAGGUAGAAAACUAGAAAUAAUUUUUGGGGACUGUUAGAACAUGGUUAGAAUGGUAUUAUUGAGACGAAUAAUUAAACACCACCCUUUUCCGACCUGUAUUUUAAAGAGUAUCCCAAUUCCCAACCACGUGAAAUAAAAAUUACGUUUUUGGUCAUGCCUCGGAAAAUAUUGGGGGUAAAAUUAAAUUUUGAUCCACACUGUUAAGAGUGAUUGUGGUAUUAAUAAGACAAAUCAUUUAACAGCAAUCCCUUUUUAAUUUUGAUCUAUAUUUAAGCUUGGUAUUUAUAGCAAAGUAUGCGCAACCAUGCAUAACCCCUCACAAAAGACCCAUUUUAAAUAGUAUUUUAACAACCUGUUUAGAACUUUCUUUGAUUCUAAAGAAUAAUGGAAAAGUUUAUUAAGUUUCCCCCAGAACUGUUUCUGCGACCACUUGCAAGAGGUACAUCUACACUUAUCAGGCCACAAGCGUGUUUGGAACUAAAACAAAAGCUUUCCUCUCCAAGCUUCCUAAAAAAUGCGGUCUCCUCUAGUUCUACCAGACGCAACUUUUUUAAAGCAGCUGUGUGCAAAGAACUUGGCAAACCACUGGUUAUAGACCUUAUUGAAUCGCAACCAGAAUUAUCUUCAGGGGAGAUACGAAUUCAAGUUGAGGCCGUUGGUGUUAACUUUGGUGACUUGCUGAUGGUAGUCGGUGAAUAUCAAGUGAAGCUUCCAACACCAUUUGUACCUGGAAGUGAAAUGUCUGGUGUUAUAUUGGAAGUUGGGCCUGAUGUAACUGAUCUAACGCCAGGUAUGAGAGUUGUUGGUUUGAGUCAAUCUUUUGGUGCAUAUGCUGAAGAAGUGGUUACCACUCAAGAUUCUGUGUGGGAAAUUCCUGAAAAAAUGAGUAUGACAGAAGCUGCUGGCUUUGUUUGCUCUUAUGGUACUGCUCUGUUAGCUCUUAAAAAACGAGCAGCGUUAAAAGAAAAUGAGCAUCUGCUUGUAACUGCAGCUGCAGGGGCAGUGGGCUUGGCUGCUGUGGAUAUUGGUGCAAAUGCAAUAGGUGCAAAAGUUAUUGGUGCUGUUGGCAGUGAUGAAAAGUGUGACAUUGUCCGGUCACGCGGUGCAGUUGCUGCCAUUAAUUAUAAAAAAGACAACCUCAGAUCCAAGAUGAAGGAGAUUUGCAGCAGUGGUGCAAAUGUGGUGUUUGAUACAGUGGGUGGUCAAAUAUUUAAGGAUGCUUUCCGAAGCAUUGCAUUUGAAGGAAGAUUGUUAGUGAUUGGGUUUGCCUCUGGUGAUAUUCCACAAAUUCCUGCUAAUCAUCUGCUGGUUAAAAAUAUUUCCACAAUUGGAACAUAUUGGGGUGCGUAUGCAAUGGAGAAUGUUAAGACAUUUAAAUGGAGUGUUAAUGAAAGCUUUAGGUUAUAUAAUGAUGGAAAACUUACUCCACUAGUAUCAGCUACAUUCGAUUUGUCUCAAAUUAACAAAGCUUUCGAAUUUAUUAAAGCUCGGAAAUCUGUGGGUAAAGUGAUCAUAGAAGUUCGAUGAACAAGAUUAAUUUAUUUGUAAAUCUCUAUGCAAGUUGUGGUAUUUAAUUUUUGUAAUAUGUUUAUUUAAUUCUCCUUGUAAGGAAUUGUAGGCAGAAAACCUUCUAUUAAUAUAUUUCUGAAUUAUCUGGACUUGUUGUCACAAAGAUUAUUCUAAUUUAUAGCAAUAAUAAAGCAGUAUUACCCAA